AUGUGCAACUGAAAGGCGGUAAUCAAAAAUGCCAGUAUUGAAGAAAUGCAACAGGACUCUGUGGAAUGUGCUACUCAGGCAUUGGAGAUAUAUGAUACGGAGAAGGAUAUUAUGGCCCAUAUUAAGAAAAAGUUUGACAAGAAGUACAACCCCAAUGGACACUGCAUAAUUGGAAGGAACUUCAGUAGUUAUGUGACACAUGAAAGCAAACACUUUAUCUACUUGUACCUGGGCCAUGCGGCCAUCCUUCUGUUCAAAUCUGGUUAA